UUCCCCGUCUUCUGGAGAUCUGUCUCUGUACACUGUGUUUUCCUGCUGUUUGGCUACUGGCUGCUGUAAUACAACAGGCUGCUUUGCAUGUGACAUUACUGAUUCACAUCUUGUGUUUACAUAGGCGUCUUUGCUUCUGAUAGUGGAUGAUUUUGACUGUGUAACCGCUCAUUUGCUUUGUGUGUGGCGACAUUAACACAGCUAGCUGCUUGUUUCAGGGGAAGGUUGUUGAGCACUAGAUAUCUCCUGAUUGCUUCUCACAAAGUAUAUGAUUGGGAUAAUGGUCUCUUCUCCCCAGACGUCACACCAUACACGUUCCAUGAAAGGGAGCCAGUAGUGUUUCACUUGUGGUGUUUGUAGUUACCGUUACUGAUCGUCCACGUUAUGCAGCUGAGACGUCGUUCCGUCUCCUAGCCAACCUUCCCUCUCCGUAUAGGGCAGACGACCACCAACCUUCCCUCUCCGUAUAGGGCAGACGACCACCAACCUUCCCUCUCCGUAUGGGGCAGACGACCACCAACCUUCCCUCUCCGUAUAGGGCAGACGACCACCAACCUUCCCUCUCCGUAUGGGGCAGACGACCACCAACCUUCCCUCUCCGUAUGGGGCAGACGACCACCAACCUUCCCUCUCCGUAUAGGGCAGACGACCACCAACCUUCCCUCUCCGUAUGGGGCAGACGACCACCAACCUUCCCUCUCCGUAUAGGGCAGACGACCACCAACCUUCCCUCUCCGUGUAGGGCAGACGACCACCAACCUUCCCUCUCCGUAUAGGGCAGACGACCACCAACCUUCCCUCUCCGUAUGGGGCAGACGACCACCAACCUUCCCUCUCCGUAUGGGGCAGACGACCACCAACCUUCCCUCUCCGUAUGGGGCAGACGACCACCAACCUUCCCUCUCCGUAUAGGGCAGACGACCACCAACCUUCCCUCUCCGUGUAGGGCAGACGACCACCAACCUUCCCUCUCCGUGUAGGGCAGACGACCACCAACCUUCCCUCUCCGUAUGGGGCAGACGACCACCAACCUUCCCUCUCCGUAUGGGGCAGACGACCACCAACCUUCCCUCUCCGUAUGGGGCAGACGACCACCAACCUUCCCUCUCCGUAUGGGGCAGACGACCACCAACCUUCCCUCUCCGUAUGGGGCAGACGACCACCAACCUUCCCUCUCCGUAUGGGGCAGACGACCACCAACCUUCCCUCUCCGUAUGGGGCAGACGACCACCAACCUUCCCUCUCCGUAUGGGGCAGACGACCACCAACCUUCCCUCUCCGUAUGGGGCAGACGACCACCAACUUUCCCUCUCCGUAUAGGGCAGACGACCACCAACCUUCCCUCUCCGUAUAGGGCAGACGACCACCAACCUUCCCUCUCCGUAUAGGGCAGACGACCACCAACCUUCCCUCUCCGUAUGGGGCAGACGACCACCAACCUUCCCUCUCCGUGUAGGGCAGACGACCACCAACCUUCCCUCUCCGUAUAGGGCAGACGACCACCAACCUUCCCUCUCCGUAUGGGGCAGACGACCACCAACCUUCCCUCUCCGUAUAGGGCAGACGACCACCAACCUUCCCUCUCCGUAUGGGGCAGACGACCACCAACCUUACCUCUCCGUAUGGGGCAGACGACCACCAACCUUCCCUCUCCGUAUGGGGCAGACGACCACCAACCUUCCCUCUCCGUAUGGGGCAGACGACCACCAACCUUCCCUCUCCGUAUGGGGCAGACGACCACCAACCUUCCCUCUCCGUAUAGGGCAGACGACCACCAACCUUCCCUCUCCGUAUGGGGCAGACGACCACCAACCUUCCCUCUCCGUAUGGGGCAGACGACCACCAACCUUCCCUCUCCGUAUGGGGCAGACGACCACCAACCUUCCCUCUCCGUAUGGGGCAGACGACCACCAACCUUCCCUCUCCGUAUAGGGCAGACGACCACCAACCUUCCCUCUCCGUAUGGGGCAGACGACCACCAACCUUCCCUCUCCGUAUGGGGCAGACGACCACCAACCUUCCCUCUCCGUAUGGGGCAGACGACCACCAACCUUCCCUCUCCGUGUAGGGCAGACGACCACCAACCUUCCCUCUCCGUAUGGGGCAGACGACCACCAACCUUCCCUCUCCGUGUAGGGCAGACGACCACCAACAUUCCCUCUCCGUAUGGGGCAGACACCACCAACCUUCCCUUUCCGUAUGGGGCAGACGACCACCAACCUUCCCUUUCCGUAUGGGGCAGACGACCACCAACCUUCCCUUUCCGUAUGGGGCAGACACCACCAACCUUCCCUUUCCGUAUGGGGCAGACGACCACCAACCUUCCCUCUCCGUAUGGGGCAGACGACCACCAACCUUCCCUCUCCGUAUGGGGCAGACGACCACCAACCUUCCCUCUCCGUAUGGGGCAGACGACCACCAACCUUCCCUCUCCGUAUGGGGCAGACGACCACCAACCUUCCCUCUCCGUAUGGGGCAGACACCACCAACCUUCCCUUUCCGUAUGGGGCAGACACCACCAACCUUCCCUUUCCGUAUGGGGCAGACGACCACCAACCUUCCCUCUCCGUAUGGGGCAGACGACCACCAACCUUCCCUCUCCGUAUAGGGCAGACGACCACCAACCUUCCCUCUCCGUAUAGGGCAGACGACCACCAACCUUCCCUCUCCAUAUAGGGCAGACGACCACCAACCUUCCCUCUCCAUAUAGGGCAGACGACCACCAACCUUCCCUCUCCACUGCUCGGCCAUCACAUAUCUUUCCACUCACCAGCUCGUCCACUAUUUGUGGCCCUGUCUGAAUCUAGUUUAGGAUGUCUUCCCAGUCAUAUAUUUAUGUCAUUCUGAAUAAAUGACUUCUAAGAGUACACUCCACUGCUCUCAUCACCAUAAGAUUCAUCCAGCCAUAGAAACAGGAUGCCAUGCUGCUGUCGCUGCAUAGUGACGACCUGCGUCUGUGACCAAAAGUCAUGUGUGCUAACAUCACCUCGCUCUCAUCCGCUGUGAUUUGUAACCUGAUCAGAUUCUAUGUAGUGCUGCUCACUAAUUGAACAGGUUGAUUUAUCAAUGAGAGCUCAGAGAAUCCAUUUGAUUUAGAAUCGAUCUGAUGUUCUGAGUUCCGGCCUGCUUUAGCGCUGUAGCUUUGAGUCAAAUAGAACAGCAAAGUAACCUGCUGCUUGGUUGACAUUGUUUAUAAACAUGUUCACAUGAGUGACAUUGUUUCUGACACACCUGUUUUCUCUCUCCACCUUCUACACAUCUACUCUGCCACUCCUCUUCUCCACACCUAUUUUCCAAACUAAAUGUUUGUCAUUUUCCACUUUACCUUUCUACCUCUCUCUACCUCUCUCUCUCACUCUACCUCUUUCUACCUCUCUCUACCUCUUUCUACCUCACUCUACCUCUCUCUCUCACUCUACCUCUCUCUCUCUCUCUCUACCUCUCUCUCUCUCUCUACCUCUCUCUCUCACUCUACCUCUCUCUACCUCUCUCUACCUCUUUCUACCUCACUCUACCUCUCUCUCUCACUCUACCUCUCUCUCUCACUCUACCUCUCUCUACCUCUUUAUACCUCUUUCUACCUCUCUCUCUCACUCUACUUCUCUCUCUCACUCUACCUCUCUCUCACUCUACCUCUCUCUACCUCUCUCUCUCUCACUCUACUUCUCUCUCUCACUCUACCUCUCUCUCUCACUCUACCUCUCUCUACCUCUCUCUACCUCUCUCUCUCACUCUACUUCUCUCUCUCACUCUAUCUCUCUCUCUCACUCUACCUCUCUCUACCUCUCUCUCUCUCUCUACCUCUCUCGCUCACUCUACCUCUUUCUCUCACUCUACCUCUUUCUCUCACUCUACCUCUUUCUCUCACUCUACCUCUCUCACUCUACCUCUCUCUACCUCUCUCUCUCUCUACCUCUCUCUCUCUCUACCUCUCUCUCUCUACCUCACUCUACCUCUCUCUCUCUCUCACUCUACCUCUCUCUCUCUCGCUCACUCGACCUCUUUCUCUCACUCUGCCUCUUUCUCUCACUCUACCUCUCUCUCUCACUCUACCUCUUUCUCUCACUCUACCUCUUUCUCUCACUCUACCUCUUUCUCUCACUCUACCUCUUUCUCUCACUCUACCUCUUUCUCUCACACUCUACCUCUCUCUACCUCUCUCUCUCUCUACCUCUCUCUCUCUCUACCUCUCUCUCUCUCUACCUCUCUCUCUCUCUACCUCUCUUUCUCUCACUCUACCUCUCUCUCUCUCACUCUACCUCUCUCUCUCUCACUCUACCUCUUUCUCUCACUCUGCCUCUUUCUCUCACUCUACCUCUCUCUCUCACUUUACCUCUCUACCUCUCUCUACCUCUCACUCUACCUCUCUCUCUCUCUACCUCUCUCUCUCACUCUACCUCUCUCUCUCACUCUACCUCUCUCUCUCACUCUACCUCUCUCACUCUAAAUCUCUCUCUCACUCUACCUCUCUCUCUUCUCCUUCUCUCUUCUCUCCCACCCCCCUCUCCUUCCUCCCUCUCUCCCACCCCCCUCUCCUUCCUCCCUCUCUCUCCUCUCUCCCUACCUCUCUCCCACCCUCCCUCUUCACUUCUCCCUCCCUCU